CAUUUUUAAUCCACCAGACACUGACAUAAAUUUUGAUGCUAUGCCACACACUCUAGUAAAUACUGAAUAUACACUAGCCAAUCCAUCUUCAAUGAUAAUCAAUCUGGCUUAAAAAGGGUAUUUCUAUCGCAUUAAUACUUAUAGGAAUUUUCUCGGGUUAUACAUUUUUAACUCUGUUAUACAAUGCAAAUGAUAUGCUGUUUGUGCCUGUGAUUUGCUUGUGUUUGUCAUUUGUGCUUAUGAUACUCAUUCCUUCUAGUCAUCCCAAAGAAAAUAGAGAAAUUCACACAGAAAAAGAAUCCAUUUCUAUUUUAGUUCUUAUAUUCUUAUUAAUACCUUGUGUAUGCAUUAACAUACCAGAAAUGUUCUUUGUAUUAACAAAUCACCUAUCCACAACGAACGAGUACUUCAUAAUACUUUUAAACCAUGCUGUGUUUUAUAUUCUUUCACUUUUACAUAUUCCUAAUGAAUUUAAUACUCUUCUAAGAAUAUUACCUUCUAUAUUUGCCUUAUUGGUAAUAACCGAAUAUAAACUAUUCUCUCUUUAUCAAGUAAAAAUAUUCAAAUACAAAAUAACAAUAUCCAGUGCUCUAGCUACUUUGACAGCAUGCAUAUCAUUGAUUUACUAUGUAACUACAAUUUAUCUGCCGGAUAUAUCUAAAGUAUCUUAUGUAUAUAACUAAUGGCUGGUCUUAUUUCUACAAUAAAAUUAUUUACCG